AUGCGUCUCUCUGCAGCCCUUCGGUCCCCCGAUUGGCUCUCAAGCUUGAAAGCAGCACAAUUGCAGCGCAUAGCGCGAGCAACGGGCAUCCAAUCGUCUGGAACCAAAGGUCUUCUCGUUGAACGCAUUGCUGCACAGUUAGGGUUACAGUCGGACAGUGACAAGGUUGUAAAUCCCACUGGUUCCAUCCCCAGCAAUGUCAGUCAAGGUCAAGAUCUACAUCGACUGGGUGGAUCGAACAAUCAAUCCCAGGGUGCAACGAAGAACAAGAGCCUGUUAAGGCCAAUUCCAGACCCAAAGCCAUGGAGCAUUCUCAGCAUCGACAUGGGGAUCCAGAACCUGGCAUUUGCGCAUCUGCACCUCCCCCGCUCGAAUGGGGAAAACACACAGCUCCCAGUGCUUACAGCCUGGCAUCGACUAGCUGUAUCGGAGAUCGCAAGCCUGAAUCUCACUGGUGUCGAAGACGCUGUACAGGCACAGUCGUCUGCGUUGAAGUCGACAGACGAGCCAGACGAGCCAGACAAUCCUGCAAAGCGAUCUGCUAAAUCGUCGUCAACAUCAAAAUCUAAAUCUAAAGAAGUAGAGUCCUUCUCUCCAGAUCUCUAUGCCGCCACCGCCUACAAACUUAUCAAAUCCCUCUUGACCGCUUACCAACCAACUCACAUUCUCAUUGAGCGCCAACGUUUUCGCUCAGGUAAUGGAAGCGCCGUUCAAGAAUGGACACUGCGCGUCGGUGUCUUUGAGGGGAUGUUAUAUGCCAUUCUGCAUGCGCUUCGAAUGGAGAGGGGAGAGUCGAUCACUGUCCAAGGCGUCGAGCCGAAGCGGGUGGUAGGAUACUGGCUGGAACCUUCCGCGGCAAAGGAAGCGGAGAGACUCAACGCCCGGGAAGUCAAGAAAGCUAAGAUAGAUAUUGUUGGGAGGUGGAUUUCCGCUACACAACUUUCGAAGACAAACUCAGAGCUCACGAGUCAACAACCGGAACUGGCAGUGGAAAGUUUCGAGGAUAAGAUUCUGCUGGCAGAUCCAUCCAAUUCCCCUGCCUUGGGGGGUAUUGUAAAUGAGUACAUGAGGAAAUGGAAGAAAGAGCCCAAACCGAAGAAGUCUCGUGCUUCGAAGGGAACGCCAACGCAUGAUUCUCCGUCGGCAGAAGUGGCUAUCGAUAUUGGGAAACUGGACGAUCUGGCAGAUUGUUUGCUACAGGGAGUGACGUGGAUCGAGUGGCAGGAAAUGCGAGAGCGUAUCGUACGGGACGGGCCUAAGGCUUUAGACAAAAUAUAG